UCGGUCAGUGGCAGAUUUCCCCAAAGAAGUCAAGACGUGCUACCAAAGAGAAAGGGGAAUGGAUACUAGGCAUCAAAAAUCAGCAGAACUCUUACGGGCACGUGGUGGAGAAGCGGAGGGAGGCUGGGCAGACUUUAUACCAACCGUUCCUGCCUCCGGGGCCCAGCAUUCUAACAACUUCCCACCCUCCGAGGCAGUCAUACAAAGAGCCGAUUCCUCCGGGAGCCGAGAGAAGUGCAUCAGCAGCUUUAGCUCUGCCAUUCCCUUACACAUAUUUAACCUCCUGGACGCAAGAAUUCAAUCUGGCUUGUCUGCCUCUCCCCCACGGACCUCAGAAUCCAGCCGGAGCCAGUACGUCACACUUCCUGCAGCAGCCCGAGGGUCAGGAGUUCAGCCAUUGAGCCAUUGCCUGGGGAGCGGGGGUCUUAAUAAGCAUUACAUCCUCCCCCAAAGCUCCAACAGCUGUGUUUCCCGCUCGGAAGGAAAGAGACCAAAUAAAGCAGCAGGACGAAUUACGUGUGCAGAAAAGCGCAGCGUGGGAUUCCGAGUCCAAAGGUCCACCUGGCACAGACCCCGUGCAUCACUGACCUUCUCUGAGUUGGCGUUCCUCUCACUACAGCUCACUGGAGGGGGCAAUGCAGCCAAAUUCAGGACCUACCUUUUAGAGCCCCCUUGGCUGAGUUCAAAUACUGCCUCCAAGUCUUAUGAGAUUGCCCAGAUAUCUGCCCUCCGAGGAUCAGCAUUGCAAAAGUGGAUGUUAAAAGUCAGACAAGGAAAUGGAAAAACAGCAGCUCAAGAACCAGACUGGCAUGCAAAUGCUGGCAUCCCAUCCAAGGAGUGUGUGCCCCGGGAGCUGUCUGCCAGGCUCUGUUCAGGUCUGCCAUGGUGGGGACAGUGCUGCUGCUGUUGUUAUCUGGUCAUCGGACACGAUCACUCACCACAUUCCCCAACGGGGCUUAUAGACAACAAAGGGGCCGAGGUAGUUUUCAAGGGCUGCGUGGCAACAGGGUGUCAUUCUUCCCAUAGAAAGGUGACGUUACUGGUCUGCAGUCCCGAGCAAGAAGCUUCAUCAAGCCCUGUAAAGGAAUUGGCCCGGAUCCUUCUCCAAGCUCCUCCCCCUGUAUCUCUCCAUUUGCCCCAAAACAGUGGGGCCCAUUUGCAGGUCAGCUGGAGAAAUGGAGAGGGCAGCCCUUGACCUGAGAUAAAGAGAACAAUCCAGCAGGCAAGGGGAAGGAGCACACCUUGGCGGCAUGGGGCCUGCGCCCCACCCGCAUCCACUGACUCGCCAGUGCCCUCUCCCUCACUGAGCUCUGGACUUAGCUGACGUUAGAUGGAAGCUGGGCCCCCAGUGAAGAGACUGAGGGGAACAGGAGGUGAGAGAGAGGCUGCUAAGAGACAUUGGAGCGUGGGCAGAUGGAGAAAAUUCAGGGAGGACUGAAAAUGGUCCCCGUCUUCACACUAGCAGGCCUGGAUUCUGGGUUCCAGCACCAGAACCUUGCCUUGAGGGCUAAGGUGACCAGAAAAGGGAGUGGUGGCCCCAGGGAGUGGAAGACAACAGCAGGAAGACAGAUGUGCAGGGCCAGGUGACUGAGAGGCAGGGAGGGGGAACAGGGUGGGGGGAAUGAAGAGGAGAGAUGGCAAAUACAAUGCAGCAAGUGUCCCACAGCCCCAAAUCCGUGCCCUUUGUCCACACACAUGUAUGGUUUCAUCGGGUCUUCCAGACUGUGCCCACACAGCUCUAGGGGGCCCUUAAAUGCCGUGAUCUACGCAAGUCACAGCCACUUGGGUUGUGCAGUGAACAGCCUGGGCAGCCCCUCGCCACACCCCUGGGACGCAUCCAUCCCCACUAGAUGCUUUCCUCCAACUCUCUCUCUUUCACCUUGGCAGCCUCCACCCUAACCUUGCCCCUGACAUUGAGACAAAGGUAUAGAAUGAUCAUGAGAGAUGUGGCAAAGCUCCAAGAAAGGUAAACGGCCCCCAAAGGCUCUUCUGAAACACCAAGCUCCAGGCCUGCUCUCUCCCCUAUUAAAGGGACUGCAGCCCCACAUUAAAAAAAAAAAAAAAAAAGCUUUAUUGAAU